AUGAAACAUUAUAUCCAAGGAACAUUUUUGUCUGUUACUACAGUUUGCGAAGAGGGCCAUACUGUUCAAUGGACUUCUCAAAAAAAGACUGGAAAACGCCCAGAAGGGAAUAUUGUAAUUGGAUCUGCUUUAACGCUUUCGGGAAUUUUAUUCGCUCAAAUGUCAGUUUUUUAUCGAUCAAUAAAUCUAGCUUUUUUUUCACGUACAACAUACGACUUUAUUACUAAAUUACAUACAGGCCCAGUUAUUAAUGAUAUGUGGCGUGAACACCGAAAAGACAAUUUAAAUGAAAUUAAAAAUUCUGAAAAAAAUAUUUGGUUGGCCGGAGAUGGGCAAUUUGAUUCCCCGGGUUUCUGCGCAAAACAUUGCACUUACUCAGUAAUGGACUUACAUAGCAGUAAAAUAAUUGAUUUUAAUUUAGUCCAAAAAGGUAUGGGUUCUGGGGAUUUGGAACGAAAAGCUUGCGAAUCGUUAAUCGAUAAAUUAAUUGAAGAAGAAAAUUGUAAUAUAGAACUAUUUCUAACGGAUCGACAUAGAGGUAUUCGAUAUUUUUUACGUACAAAAUAUCCUCAAAUUGAACAUGAAUUUGAUGUAUGGCAUUUGUCUAAGAGUUUGUCGAAAAGAUUGAAAGGACUUGACAAAAAAUAUCCAGAUGCAUAUUUAUGGAAAACGAGCAUAAAUAACCAUUUAUGGUGGUCGUCUCAAACUUGUAACGGUGACGGAUCAUUACUCGUUGAAAAAUUCACUUCAGUUCUUAACCACAUUAGUAAUGUGCACGAAUGGGAAGAUAAUGGCAAAACAAAAAAAUGUGAACACGAAAAGUUAAACGAUGAAGACUUAAAAAAAAAGCUUUGGAUACAUCCUAAUAGUGAGUCUUACUUUGCGUUAAAAAAAAUUAUUAUGGCUAAAUAUUUGUAA